AUGUCCGUACGUCUCUCCGUCUCCCCGUCUCUGCGUCCGUCCAUGCACGCCCCGUCCCGCCUGUCCACCUGUGCGUCCGACCACCAGUGCCAGGCGCCGCCGCUCGAGCAUGGUCCACGACCCAGCGGAGGAGAUGACGCCACCCUGCUGAUGGCGGCUUACCUGCGGCCCCUGCCCGCCCUGUCAAUGCUGCUCCUGUCCAUCCUUCUGGUGGCGCCGGUGGUGGCCAGGAGCGGCGCAGGAGGAGGUCGCAGCGCCGAGUACUACCAGCGCCGUUACCAGGGCCGGCCGAGACGGGGUCCGGUACCGACUGCACCUCCGGCUGAGGAUGGUCAGAACAACAGCGACGAGGGGCACCAUCAGUGGAAGGACACGAGGUCAACGGUAGCGCCACUAAAUGUGACCAUCGGCGGGCCCGGCCGAUCGCUGAAAGCCGGGCUGAUGGUUCGGGCUGAGGACGGAGUGCUAAAACGCGAACAGUUCGGAGUGCUCCGUGCCAGCCCUUCGGCUGCUGCGAAGCCUGAGGGCGUGAAGGGCAUUAGCCGACCGAACUCUGCCAGUUCGUCUCGCCCUUCAACUGACACGAGUGUCUAUGAAUCGGUGGCGGUGACCCAAGUAGAGUCAAUAUUGAGAGACUCAGUGAUCCGCCAGGAGCCGGAGAACAGGCCUGAUUCGGUGACUCCCUCGACGGCAAGACACCCUCCUGACGGAGAACAGUUCGGCAGGGCUAGCGCCACUGGUGCAACGAACACAGCCAGCCUGCAGUGGCCACAGGCCAAGUUUGUCCGUCUGCCGGUGCUGACUGUUCUGCGGUUCGCGAACGACGCGUGCGGCUCGGAGAUCGGCGGAGGCUGGGGGACGUGUCUGCUGCCCUCAGAGUGUAGCCGACACCACGGGGUGGCCAGCGGUGCAUGCGCGCACGGCUUCGGCGUUUGCUGUGUCCAGAGCGAGACGUGCGGGGGCGAGACAAGUGUCAACAACACGUACUUUGUCAACCCGGAGCACCCGGUCGCGGGCGUGGCAGUGCGAUCGUGCAUCCUCACCGUGCACAAAGCGUCGCCGGAUGUGACGCAGAUUCGAAUUGACCUCACCGAAUUCCAGAUGGCGGGACCGACGAGCGGUACCUGCAAACGAGACGUGUUCAGCGUCAGCGGCCAGGACAGCAACAGCAUAGUGCCGGCACUCUGCGGCCAGAACGAUGGUCAACACUUAUAUCUGGAGGUGGGCGAGCGGACGGGUCCCGUGCAGCUGCGGGUAGUCACCUCGUCACCGUCUGGACACCGCUGGCGGGUCAGAAUCAGCCAACUGCGCCGCACCGAGGCCGGCCGGGCGCCGCCGCUGUGCCUUCAGUACCUGACUGGCCGCGCCGGUCGCAUCGCCAGCUUCAACUACAGGCCGGCGGCACAGGGCCAGGCUGGACAGCCGACGGACGGCGGGUAUAUGAACAACCUCAACUACAUGAUAUGUAUCAGGAAAGAGUCGGGCUUCUGCAGCAUUACUUACUCCACCGACAACUUUGGAUCGCAAGCUAUGGCAAAUGAGUUUAGCAUUGUUAACUUUGAAAAUGAGGAAUCAGCUACCGGUGGCACGCCGACCGUGCCGGCCGGCCAGGCGGGCGUCGGACCCAUCAAAUGUCGGCACGAUUUUCUGGUGCUCAGCCUGGACCGGCUCUGCGGCGAGCGGCUCAACGACGCGGCCGCCAGCAGCACGCUCACGGACAACGCCGACGUCACAGACUACUCCGCCGGCCAGUUCGUGGUCAAGUUUGUCUCCAAUCACCAGCGGACCGGAGCCGGCUUUCAGCUCGACUUUCGGCAGAACCCGUGCUCUUCUCAGCAGACCACAUGAAUGCGUUUCUCGUUUGCCUUCCGCGUUUGCGUUAGCAUCUGUCACCUGAGUCGCCCCAAGAGGGGUGGCCAGCCCUGUUUCAUAUCAUCGUGUCUGUUUGAAAGCACACAUCACAUGGAAGAACAGGCUAGCAGUAAGGUAGCUAGUUUAGUCCAUUAUUCAGGUAAAUAGUUGCCGCUAUCCUCAUCAGCAUAUGUGUGAGUUUAAUGAUGCAUAUCAUCAGGUAUGUGGCCAGUUGUGUCAGUGUAUCAAAGAACUGUGAUGAAGUGCUGGUAAUUGUAUCAAUACA